AUGCCUUCAUUAGGACCAGGAGCAGGUUUGGCAGACCGGGGUUCUAGUGAAGUCUUAGGGGCUUCACACCAUCAAUCUCAACAAUUGCAAGCCAACCAUGAAGAAAAUAGUGAGGAUGAUUUGGCGCGUGCACUGGAAGCUUCAAGGGAAGAAUAUGAGCGACAUGAGCCAGAUAUAUAUCAGUCUCUCGAGGAAGCUCUGGUUAGAAUCCGAUCAAUCACAGACAUUCACGAGUCAAAUGAAAGAAAUAGCAAGGAUGUUUUGGCGCAUGUACUGGAAGCUUCAAAGGAAGAGUAUGAGCAACGUGAGGCAGAUAUAGAUCAGCCCCUUGAGGAAGCUCUGGUUAGAUCACUCAUGGAUGAGUCACACGGAAACAAUAGCGAGGACGAUUUGGCUCGUGCACUAAAGGCUUCAAAGGAAGAGCAUGAACAACGUGAGCCAGAUAUAGAUCAGUUGCUUGAGGAAGCUCUUGCUAGAUCACUCAUGGACGAGUCACAAAGUAGCUCUCGAGAGUCAGAUGCAUUCCUUCUUGAUGCACUCUCAGAUGCCGAACUUGAGAAAUUUCAAGAAUCAACCAGGGGGAAUCAUUGUGGCCUUGGAAUUGAGGAGCAGAAUUUGGCACGUGUGCUUGAGAUGUCAAAGAAGGAAGCUUUGGAUCGUGAACUGGAAAAUCCACUCAGUCAAGCUUUACAAUUUUCACCCAAGGACAGAAAUCAAGCAAGUACAUCACAUGAUGCUUCCGGUCCCAACAAAACCUUGCAUGUUGAAUUUCUUGGGUCACCAGAGCCAUCUGAUACUGAGCGGCCGGUUGUCAGUCGUGUACUCAGGAGUCCAAUGUCCGCAAAGGAGUAUUUGGGUCGACAACAGAAUCUGAUGGAUGAGCCACUGACUCGCCAUACCUCCCCAAGUUCAGUUCUGGCUAAUAAAUCACCAGGUUCUGAAUUCCAGGAAAAUUAUCAUCCAAAUGGCUACAGCGGUCAACCCGACAAUCCGGAUUGGAGACCUCGCUAUGCAGAACGGUCAACCUCACAAGGAGGUCCUGGGAAUUACAUCCAAAAGACCUCUUUCAAAAAAAAAUCUGUUGAUUUCUUGUUAUCAGUUCCUAAAUUUGUUUGGGUCUUAGUUAUUGCUCAUUUGUUGUGGUAUUACUUAUCAAAAACUUGA